AUGGCAUGUGUCGAACAUGGAACGCCUUCAAAUGAUCCGAUGAUCAGUCAAAUCUGCGCCACAGCUGAAAAUGACGUUUUGGCGACUACAAUUACAGUGGCCGGAGGUCCUAUUGUGAAUGUACUGCUAGCAUAUUCUAAGUUGAUAGUUCUGCAAGAGAAGCGGAUACAUGUCUUUCAAUUUCCCAAUCUCUGUGAACUGAUUAGAACAGAAGAAAUAAGAUGCAACCCGACCGGUCUGGCCACAAUUGGUUGCGAUUUCAACGCAUUGAAUAAUCAAGCAACGCUUUUGGCGACGGGAUCUACUAAAGGCACAGUCAUCAGUUUUCUUGCCGUAACCAGCGACAAAGGUACCAUCCAUAUCUUCACACUUCGUGACAGUGACGAUGCGAGAAGAGGUCUACUUCACAAGGUUGAAUUGACGAAGGGAGAACGGCGGAGUUCUGUGCAGAUCUCGUUGGAGCCAUGA